AUGUCUACGAAUUAUGCCCACAAUGGGCAUCUAGAAAAGAUCGAGUGCGUGUGUGUGCCUGCAAAUCCAGAAGAUACCAUUUCAUGGAAUAAACUUUUAGCCGCUUAUUCUAGGAACGGGAAUAUACGAGGGGCGGAAAUUUGUUUUAAUUCCAUUCCACAUAAGAGCAUAGUAUCGUGGAACACAAUGCUCUCGGCAUAUGCCCAAGAGAGGCAUUUUCUUAAAUCGAAGCAUCUUUUUGAUGUAAUGCCGGAUCGGAAUGAGGUUUCGUGGAAUGCGAUGUUGGCGGCCUAUGCAGAAAGUGGGGAUUUAAAUGGAGCAAAGGAUAUUUUUGAUAAGAUGCCCUUUUGGAGUGUAGUUUCUUGGAACUCGUUGAUAUCGGCAUAUUCACAAAAUGACCAGUUCAGUGAGGUCAAAUCCCUUUUCGAUGGACUUCCAGAUCGGAGUGUUGUUUCAUACAACACUAUGAUUUCGGCCUAUUGUCGAAACUGUGAUGUUGAGUCAGCCAAGAUUCUCUUCGAACAAAUGCCACAAAAGAAUCUAGCAUCUUGGAACUCCAUGCUUGCAGCAUAUUUCCAGCUUGGAAACAUUCCCGCAGCAUCAGAAACCUUUGACGCAAUGCCAGAAAGGAAUCUUGUAUCUUGGAUAACAAUCCUUCAAGUAUAUACCCGUGCUGGGCAUCUAAGUGGAGCUAAACAAGUCUUCGACUCAAUGCCUCACAACACUGUUCUCGCUUGGAAUAUACUUUUGCAAGCUUACUGUGAGGCACAUGAAUCACGGGCAGUUCUCCUUUUUAGACAGAUUCCUCAAUGGGAUCUCAGGUCCUGGAAUAUACUCCUUUCAGAAUAUGCCCGAAACGGGCAUAUCUAUCAGGCUCAGGAACUGUUUGAUUCCAUGCCUGAGAGGGACAUUGUUUCAUGGGCAGCAUUGCUCCACGCAUAUUCUCAUGCGAACGAAAUAGAUACCGCCAAAAGGGUUUUUCACUCUAUGCCCCAACAUGACAUUGUCUCAUGGACUACAUUGCUAGCAGCCUUAAACGAAAAACAAGCAGAGAUCACAUUCUUUGAAAAUAUGCCCGAAUGGAACUUAAUCUGUUGGAACGUCAUGCUGGCUUCCUACGCAAGGAGUGGCAACGUGAUCAAAGCAAAGACUAUGUUUGACCGGAUGCCCAGUCAAAGCUUAGUCGCGUGUACGUCUAUGGUCACCGCAUAUUCGCAGAAUGGUGACUUAGAGAUGGCCAAAUCCAUGUAUGAUAAGAUGCCCAUACAUAAUGCCAAAGUAAAUAAUGCUUUACUUCACGCUUUUGUAAGAAGUGGAUGUAUAGAGGAAGGCAUGGCUAUGUUCAAAUCGAUGGUAGAUGUGAAUUUGGUAUCAUGGACAAUAGUUCUGGAGAUGCUCGUCGGGUCAGGGAAUCUUCUCAAGGCUCAUGGCAUUUGGGAGGAUAUGCCCGAGAAGGGCAUGUUUGCAUGGAAUAUAAUGCUGAAAGGGUAUGCCCAAGCCGGGCUAGCGAGCCAGUUCUUUGAAAAAAUGCCAAUGAAAGAUCUAGUUUCGUGGACGACGAUGGUGGUUGCGCUUGGUCACGGGAAAAGAUCGCUGGAGCUCUUCAGGAGGAUGGAGCAAGAGGGCUUGGAGCCGGAUACUACGAGCUUGUUGAGCGUUCUAGGAGCUUGUAGCCACGAAGGAAUGCUCGAACAAGGGUGCUGCUUCUUCCGGUCCAUGGAAAGCGAUUACGGGAUCACUCCUCGGCAGGAGCACUACUGCUGUUUGAUUGACAUUCUCGGGAAGUCCGGGCACACGGAGCGGGCCGAGGCUUUGAUCCAAGUGAUGCCUUGGCUGGCGGACGGAGCUUCCUGGGGGGCGUUUCUUGGAGCGUGUAGAUUGCACUCUAGAGUCACGCAAGGGAUACGAGCUGCGAGGGGACUUCACGAGGUGGAUUAUGAUGAUCCUGCCUCUCACUUGCUGGUGAUGGAUAUGAUCCUACAUUCAAAGAACUGA